AUGAUUUUUCCAAAUUUUUCAAUACGACAGAAGCUUCUGAUGAUCAUAAACACACUUGUCCUCAUAUUAGUGUUUGCUAGUUGUUCUUUUCUAUAUUAUUACUUCUCUAUCAACGCGAUUAUAAGUACAUUCGUGAACAAAACGCCGAACAAUGUACAUCUAGUGAGGAAUGAUGCGAGUAGUAAUCACAACAUAGCAAAUGCAAAUAUUAGAAUUUCAUCGCAUCGAAGGUCACAAGAAUUGGAUCGGUCAACGGAAGAGACUGUUGAUGAUACUAUUUAUAUCGACAACGACAAUUAUGGUGACGAUAACUAUGACAACUCGGGAAAUUUCGGCAAUCAGGUAGGCGAGAGACCAAACGAAAUUCCUGUUACGGCACCGAUAACAAUCAUUGGACGUCCGAUAGAACAAAAUCAGCCUGAUGAUGAUUUUUACUACGAAAAUUACGAUGAUGAUUCGGAAACAGACGAUGAGGAUAUCGUAUCAAGUGGAGACGGAAAGAUUAUCGUUAAUGUAAAGAAACCAUUGAAAAAUCGCAACGCACCUCCAGAACCAGCUUAUAUUGAAAAUGUUUACAGUGUCAGUAGUGAAAUUGUUUCUAAUUUGAAAUCUCAAUAUGGAACUGAGAAUGUAAAGCAAAUUAACAAGCCUGAUAGAGAUGACGUUGCCUCCGGUUACGAAAAAGACGACUCGAUUGAUGACGAAUGGCAGGUAACAAAUGCAAAAGGAAGGAGAUUAAUUGGUAACAAUAAAAAGCUUGUUGAAAGAUCACAGCAGCUGUUGUGUGAGUCCGGCCGAACUGGUGAACUUUGUCGAAUGCUUUUUAAAAGCACUGCUGGCUAG